AUGGCAAACAAGAACAUGGUGUCGAUGAUUGUUCUUGUUCUCAUCCUUUUAAUUUCAGGAUCAGAAGCAAGAGCUGAAAUAUACGACCCGAUGUGUCCCGGAGUAUGAGGAUCUUUUGUUACACCCGACUGCAAUGGACUUUGCCAUGAGUUAGGGUUUCCUGGAGGCUAUUGUAAAAAAGGAAACACAUGUUGCUGCAAGAAGAAGAAAACCUUUGGACCUCUUCAUGUUCCAGCUAGUACUGCUUGA